AUGGGCAUGUUGGAAGCACAACGUUCAGGAAAAUUACCCUCUCAAACAAUGCUCAAUCCAAAGGAAAAUGUAAGUGUAAUCUUGUUGAGGAAUGGUAAGGAGGUUGAAACUCCAAAGGAAACCUUUACAUCAUUGGAGCAGGAAAAUGAGAAAAAUGUCACUGAAGAAAGAGUGUUCCCAAUGAUGAUGGCGUACCUAAGCGCUUUAGUAGAACCUAAGAAAGAUGAACAUAAUCAUGAACUUUAUGAAACUUUCCGUAAAUGUGAGAAACUUAAAAGGUGUGAAAAGAUAAACGUAGGGGAACAUGUUUCUGCAAUCAUUCAAGAAAAUCUCCCUACAAAGUGUAAAGAUCCAGGCAUGUUUAACAUCCAUUGCACGAUAGGUAAUACUAGGUUUGAAAAGGCCAUGUUAGACUCAAGAGCUUCUAUUAAUGUCAUGCCAUACUCCGUAUACGCUUCUUUAAAACUUGGACCUUUGAAUGAAACUGGUGUCAUAAUUCAACUAGCUGAUAAAUCUAAUGCCUAUCCUAAGCACGUAGUUGAGGAUGUUCUUGUGAAAAUUAAUGACUUGAUUUUCCUCGCUGACUUCUAUGUGCUUGAUAUGGGAUAUAGUGAUCAAACUAUCCCCAUUUUGCUAGGAAGACCAUUCUUAAGGACAUCCAAAGCUAAAAUAAAUUUUUAUAGUGGCAUGCUUACUAUGGAAUUUGAUGAUAAAAUUAGUGAAUUUAAUGUUUAUGACGCCAUGAAACAUCCUGAUGAAACUAACCCUAUUUAUUCUAUUCAAGUGAUUGAUAAUUUAGAACAAGAAUUUUUAGAACUUGAUGAAAACAAUGUAGUGAAAGUUACCAUUGAUAAUCAUAUUGAGGAUGUGAAUUAG